AAUGCAUUUACUUUUGGGGGGCAUAUUUUCAGUUAACAGACGGUACUGUUUGAAUCGCAAUUCCAUCUGAAAUACUUCCAGUGAUAACGUUGCUACAGUAGCUUGUUCCAAAGGGGGUUCACUUGUUUCAAAGGCGGUUCGCUUUUUUAAAGGGUGUUCUUAAAGGUCACAUGAAAUGCUGUUUUUUGAUGCUUUUAUAUAGGCCUUAGUGGUCCCCUAAUAAACGUUUUUAACAGUAAUUCCGUUGUCUUCUGUGUUUGGAUCUAUUUUUAUUAACAUGCAUUAGGCCUUCUUGUCACUAUUGCUGUCACGAGUUAGAUUUUAAACCCUACUAUUGCAGUUGUUUAGAUGGUUAUAAAUGGUUGACGAAGUUGCAACGGUGAUUUCAAUAAAGUCAGUGAUGAGGGCGAUGGGCUAUAUAAAGUCCUAUUCACCUGUGUUUCUUCUUGCACCAUGGCAUGCCCAUUUCUUAACGACGUGUUGGACGACGAAGCACUGAUACUGAGAUGUGCUUUCAGACGUGAGAGGGUGUUUCGAGACAGAUCUGACCCUUUAGCUUUCUCUGACGAGUACCUGCAUGAGAGAUAUAGGUUUUCUGGAGAUGGGAUCCGUUAUUUGUGCAGGCUGCUGGGUCCCAAAAUUCAACACCGCACAGGGCGAAGCCAUGCUCUUACCAUCCCACAGAUGGUCUGUGUGGCACUGCGCUUUUUUGCAAGUGGCAUGUUUUUAUAUGCCGUGGGAGAUGCCGAGACGGUAAAUAAAGGUACUAUUUGCCGAACGGUCAGAAGUGUGUGUUUGGCACUGAAGUCCUUGGCACACAUCUUCAUCACCUUCCCUGGCCACAGAAGAAAGUGCUACAUCAAAGAGGAUUUCCACAAGAUUGCAGGUUUCCCUAAUGUCAUUGGUGCUUUUGACUGCACACACGUUCGCAUUAAACGCCCCUCAGGGGCCCAUGAGGGAGAUUAUGUGAACAGAAAAUCCUUCCACAGUAUCAAUGUUCAGAUGAUCUGUGAUGCUGCCUGCAUCUUCACUAAUGUGGAGGCAAAGUGGCCUGGGUCUGUCCAUGACUCCCGAGUUUUUAGGUCGAGUACCAUUUCCCAGCGACUAUCACAAGGUGAAUUCUCUGGCGUUCUUCUGGAAACAAGGUUACGCCUGUGAGACGUACCUUCUCACUCCCCUAGCAGACCCUCAGACAGCAGCACAACAAGGAUACAAUCUUGCCCAUGCAAGAACAAGGUCCCGAAUUGA